CUGAGCCAGCGGCACAGAGCCCAGGCAUCCCUGCCUUACACCACUCCGGGACACAGGUGGGACACUCUUCUAGUCCUCAAUCCCUGGCGCGAGGCCACCCAAGCAACGCAGGACGCAGGACGUUUGGGGACCAGGCAGCAGACUGGGGCGGUACCUGCGGAGAGCCACGCAACUUCUCCAGGCCUCUGACUACUUUGGAAACUGCCCGCGGCUGCGACAUCAACCCCUUAAGUCCCGGAGGCGGAAAGAGGGUGGGUUAGUUUGAAAGACACAAGGAAGAAAAAUGUGUUGUGGGGCGGGUUAAGUUUCCCACCCUCUUCCCCCUUCCCGAGCAAAUUAGAAACAAAACAAAUAGAAAAGCCAGCCCUCCGGCCAACCAAAGCCCCAAGCGGAGCCCCAGGCUCCGGGGCACUCCUUUAAAAGGAUUUGCUGCGGUGAGGAAAAAACCAGACCCGACCGAGGAAUCGUUCUGCAAAUCCAGGUGUACACCUCUGAAGAAAGAUGAUGUGUCAGAAAUUCUAUGUGGUUUUGUUACACUGGGAAUUUCUUUAUGUGAUAGCUGCACUUAAUCUGGCAUAUCCAAUCUCUCCCUGGAAAUUUAAGUUGUUUUGUGGACUACCGAACACAACCGAUAACUCCUUUCUCUCACCUGCUGGAGCCCCAAACAAUGCCUCGGCUUUGAAGGGGGCUUCUGAAGCAGUUGUUGAAGCUAAAAUUAAUUCAAGUGGUAUCUACGUUUCUGAGUUAUCCAAAACAGUCUUCCACUGUUGCUUUGGGAAUGAGCAAGGUCAAAACUGCUCUGCACUCACAGACAACACUGAAGGGAAGACACUGGCUUCAGUAGUGAAGGCUUCAGUUUUUCGCCAGCUAGGUGUAAACUGGGACAUAGAGUGCUGGAUGAAAGGGGACUUGACAUUAUUCAUCUGUCAUAUGGAACCAUUAGCUAAGAACCCCUUCAAGAAUUAUGACUCUAAGGUCCAUCUUUUAUAUGAUCUGCCUGAAGUCAUAGAUGAUUCGCCUCUGCCCCCACUGAAAGACAGCUUUCAGACUGUCCAGUGCAACUGCAGUCUUCGGGGAUGUGAAUGUCAUGUGCUGGUACCCAGAGCCAAACUCAACUAUGCUCUUCUGAUGUAUUUGGAAAUCACAUCUGCCGGUGUGAGUUUUCAGUCACCUCUGAUGUCACUGCAGCCCAUGCUUGUUGUGAAACCCGAUCCACCCCUAGGUUUGCAUAUGGAAGUCACAGAUGAUGGUAAUUUAAAGAUUUCUUGGGACAGCCAAACAAUGGCACCAUUUCCACUUCAAUAUCAGGUGAAAUAUUUAGAGAAUUCUACAAUUGUAAGAGAGGCUGCUGAAAUUGUCUCAGCUACAUCUCUGCUGGUAGACAGUGUGCUUCCUGGAUCUUCAUAUGAGGUCCAGGUGAGGAGCAAGAGACUGGAUGGUUCAGGAGUCUGGAGUGACUGGAGUUUACCUCAAGUCUUUACCACACAAGAUGUUGUGUAUUUUCCACCCAAAAUUCUGACUAGUGUUGGAUCGAAUGCUUCCUUUCAUUGCAUCUACAAAAACGAAAACCAGAUUAUCUCCUCAAAACAGAUAGUUUGGUGGAGGAAUCUAGCUGAGAAAAUCCCUGAGAUGCAGUACAGCAUUGUGAGUGACCGAGUUAGCAAAGUUACCUUCUCCAACCUGAAAGCCACCAGACCUCGAGGGAAGUUUACCUAUGAUGCAGUGUACUGCUGCAAUGAGCAGGCGUGCCAUCACCGCUACGCUGAAUUAUACGUGAUCGAUGUCAAUAUCAAUAUAUCAUGUGAAACUGACGGGUACUUAACUAAAAUGACUUGCAGAUGGUCACCCAGCACAAUCCAAUCACUAGUGGGAAGCACUGUGCAGCUGAGGUAUCACAGGCGCAACCUGUAUUGUCCUGAUAGUCCAACUAUUCAUCCUACGUCUGAGCCCAAAAACUGCGCCUUACAGAGAGACGGCUUUUAUGAAUGUGUUUUCCAGCCAAUCUUUCUAUUAUCUGGCUAUACAAUGUGGAUCAGGAUCAACCAUUCUUUAGGUUCACUUGACUCUCCACCAACGUGUGUCCUUCCUGACUCUGUAGUAAAACCACUACCUCCAUCUAACGUAAAAGCAGAGAUUACUGUAAACACUGGAUUAUUGAAAGUAUCUUGGGAAAAGCCAGUCUUUCCAGAGAAUAACCUUCAAUUCCAGAUUCGAUAUGGCUUAAGUGGAAAAGAAAUACAAUGGAAGACACAUGAGGUAUUCGAUGCAAAAUCAAAGUCUGCCAGCCUGCUGGUGUCAGACCUCUGUGCAGUCUAUGUGGUCCAGGUUCGCUGCCGGCGGUUGGAUGGACUAGGGUAUUGGAGUAAUUGGAGCAGUCCAGCCUACACACUUGUCAUGGAUGUAAAAGUUCCUCUGAGAGGGCCUGAAUUUUGGAGAAAAAUGGAUGGGGACGUUACUAAAAAGGAGAGAAAUGUCACCUUGCUUUGGAAGCCCCUGACGAAAAAUGACUCACUGUGUAGUGUGAGGAGGUACGUGGUGAAACAUCGUACUGCCCACAAUGGGACAUGGUCAGAAGAUGUGGGAAAUCAGACCAAUCUCACUUUCCUGUGGACAGAACCAGCACACACUGUUACAGUUCUGGCCGUCAAUUCCAUCGGCACUUCCCUUGUGAAUUUUAACCUUACCUUCUCAUGGCCCAUGAGUAAAGUGAGUGCUGUGGAGUCACUCAGUGCUUAUCCGCUGAGCAGCAGCUGUGUCAUCCUUUCCUGGACACUGUCACCUGAUGAUUAUAGUCUGUUAUAUCUGGUUAUUGAAUGGAAGGUCCUUAAUGAAGAUGAUGGAAUGAAGUGGCUUAGAAUUCCUUCGAAUGUUAAAAAGUUUUAUAUCCACGAUAAUUUUAUUCCCAUCGAGAAAUAUCAGUUUAGUCUUUACCCAGUAUUUAUGGAAGGAGUUGGAAAACCAAAGAUAAUUAAUGGUUUCACCAAAGAUGCUAUCGACAAGCAGCAGAAUGAUGCAGGGCUGUAUGUCAUUGUACCCAUAAUUAUUUCCUCUUGUGUCCUACUGCUUGGAACACUGUUAAUUUCACACCAGAGAAUGAAAAAGUUGUUUUGGGAUGAUGUUCCAAACCCCAAGAAUUGUUCCUGGGCACAAGGACUGAAUUUCCAAAAGCCUGAAACAUUUGAGCAUCUUUUUACCAAGCAUGCAGAAUCAGUGAUAUUUGGUCCUCUUCUUCUGGAGCCUGAACCCAUUUCAGAAGAAAUCAGUGUCGAUACAGCUUGGAAAAAUAAAGAUGAGAUGGUCCCAGCAGCUAUGGUCUCCCUUCUUUUGACCACACCAGACCCUGAAAGCAGUUCUAUUUGUAUUAGUGACCAGUGUAACAGUGCUAACUUCUCAGGGGCUCAGAGCACCCAGGUAACCUGUGAGGAUGAGUGUCAGAGACAACCCUCAGUUAAAUAUGCGACUCUGGUCAGCAACGAUAAACUAGUGGAAACUGAUGAAGAACAAGGGUUUAUCCAUAGUCCUAUCAGCAAGUGCAUCUCCAGUAAUCUUUCCCCACGGAGGCAGUCUUUCUCUAGCAGCUCCUGGGAGACAGAGGCCCAGGCAUUUUUCCUUUUAUCAGACCAGCAACCCACCAUGAUUUCGCCACAACUUUCAUUCUCGGGGUUGGAUGAGCUUUUGGAACUGGAGGGAAGCUUUCCUGAAGAAAAUCACAGGGAGAAGUCUGUCUGUUAUCUUGGAGUCACCUCCGUCAACAGAAGAGAGAGUGGUGUGCUUUUGACUGGUGAGGCAGGAAUCCUGUGCACAUUCCCAGCCCAGUGUCUGUUCAGUGACAUCAGGAUCCUCCAGGAGAGAUGCUCACACUUUGUAGAAAAUAAUUUGAGUUUAGGGACCUCUGGUGAGAACUUUGUACCUUACAUGCCCCAAUUUCAAACCUGUUCCACGCACAGUCACAAGAUAAUGGAGAAUAAGAUGUGUGACUUAACUGUGUAAUCUCAUCCAAGAAGCCUCAAGGUUCCAUUCCAGUAGAGCGUGUCAUGU